GAUUGUCCCACUCUUUGCGACAACAACAAUUUCCCCUAUAAUAAACAAACAAUCUAGCGAUACGCAAAUAUCCACACAUUUUCCUGAGCGGCGACUUUUCGCCGUUCCCGCGGCUCUGAUAUGGACCAGACGGGGCAUCUUCUUGUCGCGGCCAGCCAGAUAUAUGCCAGAGCGAACGAGACGAGUACCACCGACCCCACGAAAGAAACACGACCACCCGCCUACAAGGCCAUCGGUAUAUCGCUAGCUAUUGCUUCUGGUUGCUUCAUUGGAGUGUCAUUUGUCUUGAAAAAGGUUGGGCUGCUCAAAGCAAACGAAAAAUACAACGAGGUCGCAGGCGAGGGGUAUGGCUAUCUCAAGAACUUCUAUUGGUGGGGUGGAAUGACUUUAAUGAUCGUCGGCGAGCUUUGCAACUUCGCCGCCUAUGCCUUCACCGAUGCUAUUCUGGUAACGUCGUUGGGAGCUUUAUCAGUCGUUAUUACCGCUAUUCUCUCAGCCAUAUUCCUAAAAGAGAGGUUGAGCAUGGUCGGCAAGGUUGCAUGCUUUCUUUGCAUAGUUGGAUCCGUAAUUAUUGUCUUGAACGCCCCCGAGGAAUCUUCCGUCGCAACCAUCCAGGAGUUACAAAAAUACGUUGUUACGCCGGGCUUCUUAAGUUAUAUCGGUGUCAUUAUUGUCGGCUCUGCUUUCGUUGCGCUAUGGGUUGGACCGCGAUAUGGCAAGAAAAACAUGUUCCCAUAUAUAUCGGUCUGUAGUUGGAUUGGGGGGUUAAGUGUUGUUGCUACUCAAGGUCUUGGUGCUGCUAUUGUCGCGCAGGCCGGCGGCACCCCUCAGUUUAACCAGUGGUUUCUAUACGUGGUUCUUGUCUUCGUAAUAGCAACACUACUGACGGAGAUCAUUUAUUUAAAUAAAGCACUCAACCUGUAUAACGCAGCUAUGGUUACCCCAACUUAUUAUGUCUAUUUCACAAGUACGACCAUGAUUACUUCGGCUGUCCUAUUCCAAGGAUUCAAGGGUACCGCGAUGCAAAUUGUUACAGUGGUCAUGGGAUUUCUUACCAUAUGCGCUGGGGUUGUUCUGUUGCAACUAUCCAAGUCCGCCAAAGACGUACCAGAUUCUGCCGUUUUUGCAGGGGAUUUGGACCAGAUCCAUACAAUCGCCGAGCAGGAGCAGCCCGAAACUGAACCCAAAGCCGACGCCAUCCGCGGAACUGCUGCCAUUCUACGGCGCAUUUCUGUUGCCCGGCAAAAGAUGGAAGAGGAAGAAUUUCGACGGCUUCGGGAGGAAAAGGAAAUGGAGCGUCUUGCACCAGUCAGCGAAGACGGCAGUCAGGUUUACGAAUGGGACGGAUUAAGGCGGAGAAGAACGACGCUUGGAAGUUACAGGAGUCGUGCGACGACGUCACCAAGUAUCGUCCACUCACCGGCUCAUCCGCCUCUGGGCAGAUCAAGGUUUUUAACCGAGGAAGAAUUGGCCGAAGAACGUAGUCGUCAGAUGUCGCCGGGUGUGCUAUCAAGUAUAACAGGCACUAUUCGAAGUCGGGCAAGGAGUGUCUUGUUACCGGGGCACCCUGAAUUUCCCCAGGACGCUCACGAUCCUAGAAUACAAAGCCCGAUGCACCCGGUACAGUUGACAGAUAUUGCUGUUCCAGGACAGAAAUAUCAAAACGAAGCCAGCCCAUACAGCACCAGUCAUGGCCAUGUCUACGGUCUCCCAGAUAACCUACGGAAGACUGAAUACGGAGGCACUGCUAAUAUAGAGCCCGGUAGUACCGGGCGUCAUAUACAAUUUUCGGAAACGCCGAAGCCAAGCGCUAGCGUAAAUUCUCUAGUACCGCCGACACCUCCGCCUCAUGGGGGGGUUUUUGCAGCACGUCGGCAGUUCUCGUUCCAAAACAUGUUCCGUCGGCAUCAAGCUGACAGUGUACAGGAACAAGCGCUGCCGUCGCCGAGCAACCUGUCGCCACGCCACAGGAUAGGAUCGCGAGGUUACUCGGACCGACAAGUACAAACUAAAAACGCGAGUGAAGAAGAAAGAUUAGGUCUCGUUAAAGGUGGUUCGCAGUCGAUGCCCGCGCAACCUCAAUAUGACGGGGGCGACUACGAGGAGGAGGAAGAAAGUGAUGAAUAUUUAGACGAUAAAAGACCGGAGAGAUAUGGCAGGGGUAUAACACAUAGUCCGCCAAGGAGAAGAAGCGACAAUGAGGAACCCCAGUAUGACGAUUACGAUUACGGGACGAGCCAUAGAGGGUGGAAUAGGGGUCGUGGUGAUAGCGAUGAUAUGACAUAUCGCGGUUCAUCGUCAAAGCCAUCGGGGCAUAAUCCAGCUCAAGGCAGGGAUGACGCUUUCCUCUGAAAGCAUAACAAAAAGUU